GGCGCUUGCUCAAAGGCUUAAACACAAACUUUGGCUGAAAAUUAAUUCAACAAUGAACAUUGCAAUUGGCAGCAAUGCGCUGCAGCGCGGCACUUGCCAGUUGCUGGCGCUGAACAAGUUUGCAGUGAGCCAGUGGCUCAAAACAUUCGACACGGUCCUCUUUGAUGGCGAUGGGGUGCUGUGGAAUCGCCAGGAGGCCAUCAAGGGUGCACCACAAACAUUCAAUGCCAUACGCGCCAUGGGCAAAAACGCGUUCGUUUGCAGCAAUCACUCGGCCACAUCGCGCCGCGAAUUAUGCCAGCGGGCCAGGCAAAUGGGACUGCUCAUCAGCGAGGAUGGCAUGAUAUCAUCGGCCGCUACCAUGGCGCGUUAUCUGCAGGAGCGUAAAUUUCAGCGUAAAGUCUACAUUGUAGGCGAGCAGGGCAUAGCGGAGGAGCUGCUGGCAGCGGGCAUUAAAGCCUUGCCGCUGGACACAGAGCCCAUGUUGUCCGGCAAUAUGCAAGAGCAUGUCAAGGCGAUGCAUAUGGAGCCAAAUGUGGGCGCUGUUGUUGUGGGCGUGGACAAGCAUUUCAGCACACGCAAGUUGGCCAAAGCUUGCAGCUAUCUAAUGGAUCCUUCGGUGCUGUUUCUGGCCACCAAUCGUGAUCGCAGCUUUCCCAUCAGCGCCGAGCGACAUGUCCCAGACGCGGAUGUCAUGGUCUCCAGCAUUCAGGCUGUCGUCAAACGCAAACCCUUCACCUGCGGCAAGCCCAAUCCGUACAUGUGCUCGCAUCUCAUUCGCAAUGGCGUCAUCAAGCCGGAACGCACACUCAUGAUAGGCGACACUCUUUAUACGGAUAUACAAUUUGGCUACAAUUGCGGCUUUCAAACUCUUAUGGUUGGCACUGGCGUCAGCAGCUUGGCUGAUGUCAAGCUGGCGGAGCAGUCGGCGCAUCCUUUGAUGUAUCAGCGCGUGCCAAAUCUUUAUUUGCCCUCGCUCGGCGAUUUGCUCAAGUUUUUACCUUCGCGCAAUGGCUAACGAGCGCUUCCAACUCUUAAUUUGUUCAUAUAUUUUGUUGAAAAUAAAAUUAUUUAUUGCCAGAGUGUCUGAAUAAUUAUAGCAGGCAUUAAGCAGUUAAAUUAUCUAUUA